AUGCAUCCCUUCAUCUUCUCUGGCCUGGCUUUGGCUGCAACUUUAGUACGACCUGUAUACUCCAUAGACCUCCCCGACUACACCGGAUUAAAGACAUCCCAGAAUGGCAGCGUCUUGACGGUGACCUUUCACAAUCCUUCGUCUCCUAUCAACUUGUGGAACCUGGAUACUCAAAACGAUUUGACCGAUUUGGUAUCUCGCCUCCAGGUCAAUAACGAAACCAAGGUCGUUAUCUUCAACAGUGACAUCGUAAUCACCAUCGGCGCUGUAGAAGGCCGCGCCCGCGGUGCCGGCAACGAGUUCCUCGUUUCUCUCGACAUGCGCUUUGCCACAAAGGCGGAGAGCCUCUUCGGCCAACCCGAAGUCGGAAGUGGCUUGUUCCCCGGUGGCGGUGGCAGCCAGUUCCUCCCGGGCCUAAUCGGCAGAGGCCGCGCCAUGGAGUACGUCCUGAGCUCUAAUGACAUCACUGCAGAAGACGCCGCGAACAUCGGAUGGAUCAACAAGGCAUUCGACACCUCCGCUGAAAUGUACGGCUACAUCGACAAGCUCGCCCAGCGCUUUAGCUGGUUCCCUCUAUCAGCUCUGAGCGGCGGCAAGAAGACGAUCAACAGAGCUUCGGCGCCGUCGCUUGAGCAGGUCAUUGAGGAUACCAAGGACUUCUUCCAGCAGCAAUUUGAUCCGGAGGCGCAGGCCAUGGCCAAGAGGUCGGCGUUGCUGUCUCGCAAUGUUUCGGCCGUGGACUUGGAGCUGAACUUGCCUGAGACGAUUGCCCGUCUUUACACCUAA